AUGUCCCUUGCACCCAACGACCUCGAAAAGGGUGGCCGGAUCGGACACAACUUGUACCCAGCAAUGUCCUAUGUCCCACCACCACCACGCAAGCUAGCCAACCCCAGCCCGCUCGGCCUCUUCUCCUUUGCCUCCACCACACUCCUCCUCUCCUUCAUCAAUGCCCAGACCAGGAAACUGACCGACCCAAACAUGGUUGUCGGUAUGGCGUUUGCUGUCGGUGGUCUGGCGCAAGUGCUUGCGGGGAUGUGUGAGUUCGUGGUCGGUAACACAUUUGGCUACACCGCGUUUUGCUCUUACGGCGGUUUCUGGAUCUCCCUGGGCCUGAUCUUCUGGCCUUCGUCCGGCAUCCUCGCCGCCUACGAGGACGAUGCGCACGCGCUCAACUCCGCACUGGGCCUCUACAUGAUGGUCUGGUUCAUCUUUACCUUUAUCCUCAUUAUCCCGUCGGCGCGCCAUACGGCCGGGCUGCUCUCCGUUAUCUCCGUCCUCGCUGUUACCUUCCUCGUGCUUGGCAUCGGCCACCUCACCCAGACCACUGGGAUUAUCAAGGUCGGCGGAUACCUUGGGUGUAUCACGGCGUUCCUCGCGUACUACACAGGCGCUCAAGGCCUGUUCGCCACGGAAGGUGUUCCCUUCUCGCUUCCAAACCCGACAUUCAAGAAGAAGACUGGGGGCUUCAGUUACUGA